CCCCCGCCCCGCAAGUGUGUGCGGGAGGCGGGCGGCCGCGGCUUGUUAGACACCGAGGUAGAGAAGGGUGUGUGGGGUGUGAGACACACCAGCAGCACCCAGAGCAUGCUCUCCAUGCAACAGUUUCCUGCCCUGCCUGCGGAGGAGGAGCGGUACCGGCAGGUUCUCUCCGCCAACCGGGUCUUAGGAACAGAUGAGGAUAAUAUGGGGGAUGGUUGCUCUCAGAAACUUGCUUCUGCCAAGUUCCUUCGACUUCUGCUCCUAAUACUGAUUCCCUGCAUCUGUGCCCUUAUCCUUUUGUUGGUGAUCCUGCUUACUUUUGUAGGUGUGUUAGAAAAAACUUGCUUUUAUUCAAAUGGAAGUGAGGUCCUUGCCAUUAAUGGUGACAUGGAAACAUCUGAUGUUCUUUUGCCAAACAUGGUUGAAAACAGUUCCAAAGCUGAUCCCACAAUGGACCUCAGCACACAGCCCUCUUCCUGGACCACCACGUCUUUAUCCCGCAUUAACCAAAUGAACAAGAGCUCAAAUAUCUUUAGGGAAGCUUUCCAGGAAAAUUCAUUUGCUCUUGGAACUCAAGCCACAGUGCUCAGUCCUCACCCUACAUACGAUGCUGCUUUGGCAAAAGGCUCUGAAAACAGCACCCAGCUCUUUGCCAGGGCAGAGGAAGUGACUCUGUGGUCUACAGAUGCCUCCUUUAACAACACAGAGAGAAUUACCACUCUGGCAGAAUUAAGUUCUACUCACCCAUCUGUGACACAAAAAAUGGAGGAAAAAAAAGGUGCCUGCAUAAAUAUCACCAACAGCCAGUGCCAAAUGCUGCCAUAUAACUACACUACUGUAACUUCAGUUUUUUCCAUUGUCAAAAGUAUUGAAAUGGAAAAGUUCCUGAAGUUCUUCAGUUAUCUCAAUCGUCUCAGCUGCUAUCAACACAUCAUGCUGUUUGGCUGUAGUCUUGCUCUUCCUGAAUGCAUCAGUGACGGUGAUGACAGUCAAGGCAUCUUGCCCUGUGGAACAUUUUGUGAGGCAGCAAAAGAAGGCUGUGAACCAGUCCUGGGUAUGGUAAAUGCUUCUUGGCCAGAAUUUCUGAAGUGCUCUCAAUUCAAAAACAAACCUGAAAAUGACUCCACUGCAAGGAUAUGCUUCUCUCCACACCAAGAAAAAGGAAAGCAGUCACUGUGCAGAGAGGAGAGUUUCUUGUGUGCCAGUGGGAUCUGCAUCCCAGGGAAACUGCAAUGUAAUGGCUACAAUGACUGUGAUGACUGGAGUGAUGAGGUCCAUUGCAACUGCAGUGAUGAUGUAUUUCGUUGCAACACGGGAAAAUGUCUAAAUUAUACCUUUGUUUGUGAUGGAUAUGAUGACUGUGGAGACCUUAGCGAUGAACAACACUGUGAUUGCAAUCCAGUGACACAUCAUCAGUGUGGAGAUGGGAGAUGUAUAACAGCCGAUUGGAUAUGUGAUGGUGACCAUGACUGUAUUGACAAAUCAGAUGAAACCAAUUGCUCAUGUCAGAGUCAGGGUCUGGUGGAGUGCAGAAAUGGGCAGUGCAUUCCUAGUGCAUUCCAGUGUGAUGGAGAUAAUGACUGUAAAGAUGGAAGUGAUGAAGAAAACUGCAGUGAAGGUCAAACCCUUUGUCAGGAGGGAGACCAGAGAUGUUCCUCCUGUCCUGAUCCCUGUGGAAGUUCUCUCUGUGACAUGAGAAACAGCCAGACAAACUGCAGUCAGUGUGAACCAAUUAGUCUGGAAAUCUGUAUGAACUUGCCUUACAACUAUACUUACUACCCAAACUACCUGGGCCACAGGACACAGAAGGAAGCCUCCAUCAGCUGGGAGUCUUCUCUUUUCCCAGCCUUGGUUCAGACCAACUGCUACAAGUACCUUAUGUUUUUUGCCUGUACAAUCUUAGUACCAAAAUGUGACCCCCAUACAAAUCAACGGAUCCCACCUUGCAGGACAUUAUGUGAACAGUCAAAGGAACGUUGUGAGUCUGUGCUUGGGAUCGUAGGUUUGCAGUGGCCAGAAGAUACUGACUGCACUCAGUUUCCAGAUGAGAACUCAGACAACCAAACUUGUCUAAUGCCAGAUGAAGAUGUAGAAGAAUGCUCACCCAGUCACUUCAAGUGCCGUUCUGGGAGGUGCGUCCUGGCAUCCCGAAGAUGUGAUGGGCAAGCUGACUGUGAGGAUGAUAGUGAUGAGGACAGCUGUGGUUGUGGAGAAAGAGGUCUUUGGGAGUGUCCUUUGAAGAAGCUGUGCAUCAAACACACCAUGAUCUGUGAUGGUUUCCCAGACUGCCCUGACAUGAUGGAUGAAAAGAACUGCUCAUUUUGUGAAGAGAGUGAACUUGAAUGUGCCAACCAUGAAUGUGUGCCACGAGAGCUCUGGUGUGAUGGGCAAGCAGACUGCAGUGACAGCUCAGAUGAAUGGGACUGUGUUACCCUGUCUAAAAACAUGAAUUCCUUGAUGUUCCUGACCGUUCACAGGUCAGCUGCUGACAACCAUGUUUGUGCUGAUGAGUGGCAAGAAAAUUUAAGCCAUCUGGCCUGCAAGCAGAUGGGUUUAGGAGGACCAUCCAAAACACAAAUUGUGAUAGAGAAUGAGGAAGCGCAGCAUCAAAAAUGGUUGAAUUUGCACUCAGACUGGAAGAAUAAGAAUGCAUCCACUUUACAUGCACUUCUAGUGAAUGGACAGAUGUGUCGAAGCAGAAGCAAAGUGGCUCUCUUUUGCACCAAAGAAGACUGUGGCCGUCGCCCAGCUGCUCGCAUGAACAAGAGGAUCCUUGGUGGCAGGACGAGUCGCCCAGGGAGAUGGCCAUGGCAGUGCUCCCUGCAGAGUGACCCGAGUGGACACAUAUGUGGCUGUGUUUUGAUUGCAAAGAAAUGGGUCUUGACAGUAGCACACUGCUUUGAAGGGAGAGAAAAUGCUGCUGUUUGGAAAGUGGUGUUUGGGAUCAGCAAUCUUGAUCAUCCAUCAGGCUUCAUGCAGACCCGACUAGUGAAGACCAUUAUCCUCCAUCCACGCUACAACAGAGCUGUUGUUGACUAUGAUAUCAGCAUUGUGGAACUGGAUGAGGAUAUAACUGAGACAAGCUAUGUCAGACCUGUCUGUUUGCCCAGCAAGGACCAGCUGGUUCGGCCAGAUACAUACUGCUACAUCACAGGCUGGGGACACAUGGGCCACAAAAUGCCUUUCAAGCUUCAAGAAGGAGAGGUUCGCAUCAUUUCCUUGGAACAAUGCCAGUCAUACUUUGACAUGAAAACCAUCACCAGUAGGAUGCUGUGUGCUGGCUAUGAGUCUGGCACUGUGGACUCUUGCAUGGGUGACAGUGGAGGACCACUUGUGUGUGAGCAACCUGCAGGGCGCUGGACUUUGUUUGGUUUAACAUCCUGGGGCUCUGUCUGCUUUUCCAAGGUUUUGGGACCUGGAGUUUACAGUAAUGUGUCACAUUUUAUUGAGUGGAUUGAAAGACAAAUAUACAUCCAUACCUUUCUGCUAAACUAACUCCAGAUGCUAAGAAUUGUGCUGACAGAACAAUGAAAUCAGCACUCCA